AUGGUGAAUUUCCCAAAAGUAAGAAUACUCCGCACCAAGAAGAGAGAAGGUCUGAUUCGAACCCGUAUGUUAGGAGCCGCUGCUGCCAUUGGAGAGGUCAUCACUUUUCUCGACUCACACUGUGAAGCCAAUGUAAACUGGCUUCCACCUCUGCUUGACCGUAUAGCUCAGAAUCACAAGACGAUUGUGUGUCCCAUGAUUGAUGUCGUCGACCAUGACCACUUUGGAUAUGAGACACAAGCGGGAGAUGCCAUGCGAGGGGCCUUUGACUGGGAAAUGUUUUACAAGCGAAUCCCCAUCCCUUCUCAGAUUCAGAAUCCUGAUCCCAGUGAGCCUUUUGAGUCUCCAGUUAUGGCCGGUGGAUUAUUCGCUGUAGACAGAAAAUGGUUCUGGGAACUUGGAGGAUACGAUCCUGGGUUGGAGAUCUGGGGAGGAGAGCAGUAUGAGAUAUCAUUCAAGGUGUGGAUGUGCGGAGGUCGGAUGGAAGAUGCGCCAUGCUCUCGAGUGGGACAUAUUUACCGGAAAUAUGUGCCCUACAAGGUUCCUGCUGGUGUCAGUCUGGCAAGGAACCUGAAGAGAGUAGCUGAAGUGUGGAUGGAUGAAUAUGCAGAAUAUAUCUACCAACGACGCCCUGACUACCGGCAUCUCUCACCUGGUGAUGUGACAUCUCAGAAGGAGCUGCGCAGCAGAUUAAACUGUCAGACUUUCAAGUGGUUCAUGACUAAAGUGGCUUGGGACUUGCCAAAAUAUUACCCGCCUGUUGAGCCUCCUGCUGCUUCUUGGGGAGAGAUUCGGAACAAGAAGACAGGCCUCUGUGCAGACAGUAAGCAUGCCUCUGUGGGCUCUGAGCUACGACUGGAAACCUGCACCAAGGGGCGUAAGGCAGAUGCAUGGAAUACUGUGCAGGUAUUCACCCUGGGAUGGAGAGAAGACAUACGUCCUGGAGAUCCAUUGCACACCAAAAAAGUAUGCUUUGAUGCCAUAUCUCACACCAGUCCUGUCACACUCUUUGAUUGCCAUGGGAUGAGAGGGAACCAGCUUUGGAAAUACAAAAAGGAUAAGACCAUCUAUCACCCCGUCAGUAACAGCUGUUUAGACUGCAGCGAAUCAGACCGCAAGAUCUUCAUGAACAUUUGUAACCCAUCCUCCGAGACACAGCAAUGGACUUUUGAAAACACCAACUCCACAAUAUUAGAAAUCUUCAACAGAGAUCGGGGCUUAUAA